UAAUGAUGGAUAAAUACAAAUAUGGUAUUUCAUUUGACUCAUGAACUAGCUUAAUCAUUAUAUAGAUCCAAAAAUUACAAACACUCUUUUAUAACAACAUAAUUAUGUUGUAGAGUUAAAGUUUAGCAUAUUUGGGAGUAGACAAAUCUGAAUAAUGAAUCUGAAACAGUAAAAAGUGCAGCCCUGCUAUGUAGAUAUGAUGAUAAAGGUUUAAUUAAAUUCAUCAAGAGAGUAAUUGAUUCAGCAGAUACUUAUACAUAUGAAUAGCAGAAAUGGUUACAAAAGGCAAUAUAAAAAAUUUAUAAUGAAUCAUAUUAAGAGUUGUCUCUUCAUGAAAUUCGUUUUUUGAUAAAAGAAAUAUAAAAAGAGCAUGAAAAUAAUAACAAAACAAAAACCAUAUGUUGUCUUUAACUUUUGUGUUAAAUUUUGAUUGGACUAGGAAGAAUAGAUGAAGCACUAUCAAUUUGGCCAUCCUUCAUUGGCUUAGAACCUACCUAAUUGGUUGGCUAUCAGAGAUAAGGUAUAUAUAUAUAAAUAAUAUAAUCAACAGCAUAUUUAUUAGCUAAAUUGAAAGACAAGGAAUCAAGUAUUGAAGUUUGGAAUCAGUAUUUAAUUAAUAACAAAGAAGAAGAAUUCACAUAUUGUCAAUAAAAAGGUAUAUUUUAGACAAGAAACUUUAGCUUAAUUCCUUUUUAUUCAAUUCGAGUAAAUGGAUGAAGCAGUUUAAGUAUGGAAUGAUUACAUUCAUAAAAACCCUAAUUAUCUAGAUGCAUAUAUUAAAAAAGGUAAUUUGAUAAAUAAAAUAAUAAUAUUAGCUGAUCUAUUACAUUAGAUGUUUGACAUUGAAGGAGCAAUAGCUGUGUAUGAUGAUUACAUAAAUAAACAUUAAAAUGAUUACAAGGGAUAUAGAAUUAAAGGUAAAUAUAAUUAAAAUAUAAUUAAGCUGACUUUCUUGUGGCCUUGAAUUAAUUUGAUGAUGCAAUAGAAGUUUGGGAAAGAUAUUUGUAAUUAUUUCCAAAAGAUAGAAAAGCUUAUGAGAAAAUGGGUAUUAUCUCUUUUAUUAUAAAUAGUGAUGGUAGUGAAUCUUAAAUACUAAUGAUAU